UUCGUCAUGUUGUUGGUACGAACAAAUUCCUUGGGGCAGUGAAUGUAAAAUAUGUUGACAUUAAAAUAUGAAUGUUUAAUAACAUAUCGAAAUAGUAGUUGCUUUUUUUUUGUAUAAAGAAAAUGGACCUUAUUGAAAAAAAGUUAAGUAAAGCACAAAUUGUGCCCUUAAAUAAGGAGUUCAGCUUAAGCCACAAUAACAAUAACAAUAACAAUAACAAUAACGAUAAGACCAACAACCAGAAUAACUAUAAUAACAAUCCAAAAGUGAAACUCUGUGGUUAUCUAAAGAAAAAAAGGAAUAAAGUUGGUGGAUGGCGUAAAAUGUGGUUUGUACUGCAAGACAAACUUUUACUUUCGUACAGUUCCAAAGAAGACUAUGACAAUAAAUUAGUGUCAUUUAAAGAUGUACUAAAUCUAGUGCCUGGCACACUCGUUCGGCCACUAGAAGGUUUUCGUUUCACAAUUGAAACAACCUCCCAAGCUUUAUAUACUUUUCACUGUGAUGAUGGCAAUGAUGUGUAUCGCGAGUGGAUAACUAUGCUUGUAGAUAGUCUUGCUACUACUCAAGCCUUGUCUAACUACGCACCUACAGCAACACAAAAAUUCUCACAAAGAUUUUGUAAUAUAUCUUUGGAUAACAUACCGAAUGUGUUGCGUUCGAAUAAUUCCAAACCAAGGCGUGACAUAACACAAAGUUACGACUCCCUAAGUUAUGUAGCGAAUUAUUUAGUUCCGCAUAAAACACAGCACAUACAACAACAACAACAAAAAGAGCAACAAAUGCUUACUUCGUCAUCAAUUGCUGCCGCUAGUUGCGUUCGCUUGCCAAUUGCACACAGUACAGCUAAAAUAUUGGAGCGGAACGGCGUGAGUUCAGUGGAUUUACAAAUGAUUUGCAACCAAAAGAUUUCAAAAAAUACGUGCUGUACACGAUAUCAAAAGACAAAUUGUGAUGAAAUUUAUUGUACCUGCCCUACAGACAUAGUUAAUGAUUUAACAUAUCAAGAUGCAGAUUCAUCGUCGGGUUUAACAUGCCGUAUGUUAGCUCCGAAGUGUAGUGAGAGUAAUGGUCGUCAUCGUUCACAAGACACACACAGCAAAAUCGAUGGCCUCGAAAAUUGCAUAGCAUGUCACUUCAAUGGAAAUAGGUUAGAUGAUAAGAAUAUUUUCAGUUCCUGGAUAAACCUUUAUGACAAUGCAACUUGUUCUUUCACAAACCAAAGCAAAUCAAUAGAAAUUGUGAAAAAUAAAAUACAUCGAAUGAGUAUUAAAGGCGCUAAGGAGUUAAUAACUGAGGAAUCAGUAAAUUCGACAGCGGAGUACAAACAUACCAAAGUGACUACUACAGCAACAAACGUGGAAGAAUUUAUAAUGCAAAAUGACAAUUCUCUAAACACUGCUAAAAUACAGGAUAUACCAAAAGAACUUGAAGUGUCACCGACGAUGUCAAUUACAAAUACUUCAACGAAGGAACCGAUUUAUGCAGUUGUGGAUCUUAAAAGUAAAUAUGCCCUGAGAAAAAUACGAAAUAGACAUGCUGAACUGAAGCGUUACAACAGCUAUGAUAGUAUUAUUCACGCAGCGACCGAUUUAUAUAAAAUGCAUAGAAAAGAG